AGGCAGCCUCCAGAGGCUCCCUCACUCCUCCCCAUCCUCUCCCUCUGUCCGUCUGUCCCCCACUCUCCCUGCACCAUGGGGACAGCUGCAGGUCCCCGCCUGCUGCUGUUGCUGGCUACUACCCUUCCCCUGGCCCUGGCCGAUCCAAUGUACUCCAUAAUCACCCCCAAUGUCCUGCGGCUGGAGAACGAGGAGAUGGUGGUGGUGGAGGCUCACCAAGCACAAGGGGACAUUGAGGUCACGGUCACCGUCUCUGACUUCCCUAAAAAGAAGCAAGUGCUAUCCAGUGAGAAGACCAUGCUGACGGCUGCCAACGGCCACCUGAGCACCGUCACCGUCAAGAUCCCAGCCAAUGAUGAGUUCAAGGUGGAAAAGGGGAACAAGUACGUGACCGUCCAGGCGAACUUCGGGAACGUCCCGGUGGAGAAGGUGGUUCUGGUCAGCCUUCAGAGCGGGUACCUCUUCAUCCAGACGGACAAGACCAUCUACACCCCCGGCUCCACAGUUCUCUAUCGCAUCUUCACCGUGGACCACAAGCUGCUGCCCGUGGGCCGGACCGUUAUCGUCAGCAUCGAGACCCCCGAUGGCGUCCCCAUCAAGCGAGACUCCUUGUCUUCUCACAACCAGUUCGGCAUCUUGCCCCUGUCUUGGAACAUUCCAGAGUUGGUCAACAUGGGGCAGUGGAAGAUCAGCGCCUACUACGAGCACGCGCCACAGCAGGUGUUCUUCGCGGAGUUCGAGGUGAAGGAGUACGUGCUGCCCAGUUUCGAGGUCACCCUGGAGCCUGCAGAGAAAUUCUACUACAUCGAUGACCCAAAAGGCCUGGAGGUCUCCAUCAUGGCCAGGUUCUUGUAUGGAAAGAACGUGGAUGGGACUGCCUUCGUCAUCUUCGGGGUCCAGGACGGCAACCAGAGGAUCUCGCUGGCCCAGUCCCUCACCCGCGUCGUGAUCGAGGAUGGCUCCGGGGAGGCCGUGCUGAGCCGGAAGGUGCUGCUGGAAGGCGUGAGUCCCUCAGAGCCCAUGGCCCUGGUGGGCAAGUCCCUGUACGUCUCUGUCACUGUCAUCCUGCACUCAGGUAGCGACAUGGUGGAAGCAGAGUACAGUGGGAUCCCCAUCGUGACCUCCCCCUACCAGAUCCACUUCACCAAGACGCCCAAGUACUUCAAGCCAGCCAUGCCCUUUGACCUCAUGGUGUUCGUGACCAACCCCGAUGGCUCCCCAGCCCGCCACGUGCCGGUGGGAACCCGGGGCUCCGGAGACGUGCAGUCUCUGACCCGGGAAGAUGGUGUGGCCAAGCUGAGCAUCAACACGCCCAACAGCCGGCAGCCCCUGUCCAUCACGGUGCGCACCAUGAAGGAAGGUAUUCUGGAUGCACGGCAGGCCACCAACACGAUGCAGGCUCAGCCCUACAGCACGAUGGGCAACUCCAACAACUACCUCCACCUGUCCGUGCAGCGCACCGAGCUCAAGCCAGGGGACUCCAUCAACAUCAACUUCCACUUGCGAACGGACCCUGGCCAGGAGGCCAAGAUCGGCUACUACACCUACAUGAUCAUGAACAAGGGCAAGCUGCUGAAGGCAGGGCGGCAGGUGCGCGAGCGAGGCCAAGACCUGGUGGUGAUGCCUCUGACCAUCACGACAGACUUCAUCCCCUCUUUCCGCCUGGUGGCUUAUUACACCAUGAUCGGUGCCAACGGCCAGAGAGAGGUGGUGGCCGACUCUGUGUGGGUGGACGUCAAGGACUCCUGUGUGGGCACGCUGGUGGUCAAAGGCGGCGGGAAGGACGAGAGAAAGCACCUACCUGGGCAGCAGAUGACCCUCAAGAUAGAAGGGAACCGGGGGGCCCGCGUGGGGCUGGUGGCCGUGGACAAGGGCGUGUUCGUGCUGAAUAAGAAGAACAAGCUGACUCAAAGCAAGAUCUGGAACGUGGUGGAGAAGGCGGACAUCGGCUGCACCCCGGGCAGCGGCAAGGACUACGCGGGUGUCUUCACGGACGCGGGUCUGUCCUUCCAGUCCAACAAAGGCCUGCAGACCGCCCAGAGGUCAGCCCUCGAGUGCCCGAAACCCGCCACCCGCCGUCGCCGCUCCGUGCGCUGCUGGAGGAGGGAGCUGAUGGAGAAGAGGAUGGACAAAGCCGGCCAGUACAGCGACAAGGAGCUGCGCAAGUGCUGUGAGGACGGCAUGCGCGACAACCCCAUGCAGUUCUCCUGCGAGCGCCGGGCGCGCUUCGUCAUCCUGGACCAGGCAUGCGUGAAGGCCUUCCUGGACUGCUGCACCUACAUCACCGAGCUGCGCCAGCAGCACCAGCGCGACAAGCCCCUGGGCCUGGCCAGGAGUGACCUGGAUGACGAAAUCAUCCCAGAAGAAGACAUCAUUUCCCGAAGCCAGUUCCCAGAGAGUUGGCUGUGGACCAUAGAGGAACUCAAGGAGCCAGAGAAGAAUGGAAUCUCCACCAAGACCAUGAACGUGUUUUUGAAAGACUCCAUCACCACCUGGGAGAUUCUGGCUGUGAGCUUGUCGGACAAGAAGGGCAUCUGCGUGGCCGACCCCUACGAGGUCACGGUGAUGCAGGACUUCUUCAUCGACCUGCGGCUGCCCUACUCCGUGGUCCGCAACGAGCAGGUGGAAAUCCGGGCAGUCCUCUACAACUACCGGGAGAACGAGCCGCUCAAGGUGAGAGUGGAGCUGCUGCACAACCCCGCCUUCUGCAGCAUGGCCACUGCCAAGAAGCGGCACCAGCAGACGGUGGAGAUCCCGCCCAAGUCCUCGGUGUCGGUGCCGUAUACCCUGGUGCCCCUGAAGAUUGGCCUGCAGGAGGUGGAGGUCAAGGCUGCUGUCUACAACUUCUUCAUCAGUGACGGUGUCAAGAAGACCCUGAAGGUCGUGCCGGAAGGAAUCCGCGUCAACAAAACCGUGACCGUGCGCACGCUGGACCCAGAACACCUCGGCAAAGAGGGAGUGCAGAGGGAGGAAGUGCAGCCCGCAGACCUCAGUGACCGGGUCCCGGACACCGAGUCAGAGACCAGGAUUCUCCUGCAAGGCACCCCGGUGGCCCAGAUGGCGGAGGAAGCCAUCGACAGCGAGCGGCUGAAGCACCUGAUCGUGACGCCCUCGGGCUGCGGGGAACAGAACAUGAUCGGGAUGACGCCCACCGUGAUCGCAGUGCACUACCUGGACCACACCGAGCAGUGGGACAAGUUCGGCCCCGACAAGCGGCAGGAGGCGCUGGAGCUCAUCAAGAAGGGGUACACUCAACAGCUAGCCUUCAGACAACCCAGCUCAGCCUACGCGGCCUUCCUCAACCGGGCGCCCAGCACCUGGCUGACGGCCUACGUGGUGAAGGUCUUCUCGCUGGCGGCCAACCUCAUAGGCAUCGACGCCCAGGUCCUCUGCGGGGCUGUGAAGUGGCUGAUCCUGGAGAAACAGAAGCCCGACGGCGUCUUCCAGGAGGAUGGUCCUGUGAUACACCAAGAAAUGAUUGGUGGCUUCAGGGAUGCUGCGGGAGAGAAAGAUGUGUCCCUCACGGCCUUUGUCCUCAUCGCGCUGCAGGAGGCUAAAGAUAUCUGUGAAGGGCAAGUCAACAGUCUGGGAGGCAGCAUCAAUAAAGCAGGCGACUUCAUUGAAGCCAACUACUUGAACCUGAGGAGACCAUACACAGUGGCCAUUGCUGGUUAUGCCCUGGCCUUGCUGGACAAGCUGAAGGGUGCCCACCAAGACAAAUUUCUGAACACAGCCACAGAGAGGAACCGCUGGGAGGAACCUGGUAAGCAGCUCUACAAUGUGGAGGCCACAUCCUACGCCCUCUUGGCCCUGCUGGAGCUUAAAGACUUCGACAACGUGCCUCCCGUCGUGCGCUGGCUCAACGAGCAGAGAUACUACGGAGGUGGCUACGGCUCCACCCAGGCCACCUUUAUGGUAUUCCAAGCCUUGGCCAAGUACCAGGAGGAUGUCCCUGACCACAAGGACUUGAACCUGGACGUGUCCAUCCACCUGCCCAGCCGCAGCUCCGCGGUCAGGCACCGCAUCCUCUGGGAAUCGGCUAGCCUUCUGCGCUCACAAGAGACCAAAGAGAAUGAGGGCUUCACGUUAACCGCGAAGGGAAAAGGCCAAGGCACCUUGUCGGUGGUCACAAUGUACCACGCCAAGGUCAAAGGCAAGACCAAGUGCAAGAAGUUUGACCUCGAGGUCCGAAUACGGCCAGCCCCAGAGACAGUCAAGAAGCCUCAGGAUGCCAAGAGCACCAUGAUCCUUGACAUCUGCACCAGGUACCUAGGAGACCAAGACGCCACCAUGUCAAUCCUAGAUAUAUCCAUGAUGACCGGCUUUGUGCCAGACGUGGCUGACCUCAACUUGCUGAGCUCUGGUGUGGACAGAUACAUCUCGAAGUACGAGAUGAACAAAGCGUUCUCCAACAGGAAUACGCUCAUCAUCUACCUGGAUAAGAUCUCCCACACUGAGCAGGACUGUCUGUCCUUCAAAGUACACCAGUUCUUCAACGUGGGGCUUAUCCAGCCUGGCUCCGUCAAGGUCUACUCCUAUUACAACCUGGAGGAGAGCUGCAUCAAGUUCUACCACCCAGAGAAGGAGGAUGGGAUGCUGAGCAAACUCUGCCACAAUGAACUCUGCCGUUGUGCCGAAGAGAACUGCUUCGUACAACAGGAUGAGCAGGUCACCUUGGAGGACCGGCUGGACAAGGCCUGUGAGCCAGGAGUAGACUAUGUGUACAAGGUCCAUCUGAUCAAGGCAGAGCUGGCCGAUGACUUCGACGAGUACAUCAUGGUUAUCAAACAGAUCAUCAAGUCAGGCUCCGAUGAGGUGCAGCUUAACCAUCAGCGCAAGUUCAUCAGCCACAUCAAGUGCAGACAAGCCCUGAAGCUGAAGGAAGGGAAAUCCUACCUGGUGUGGGGCCUCUCCUCCGACCUCUGGGGAGAGAAACCCAACACCAGCUACAUCAUUGGGAAGGACACCUGGGUGGAGCUCUGGCCGGAAGCAGAAGAAUGCCAAGACGAGGAGAACCAGCAACAGUGCCAGGACCUUGGCGCCUUCACCGAGAGCAUGGUUGUCUUUGGCUGUCCCAACUGACCACUCCCCUCGGUCCGCGCCAAUAAAGCUUCAUUUCUAGUUCA